AUGGCCAAAGAAGACAGGAAAAAGCGUAGAGUUCGUGAGCAUUGACUGGCUGAGGCAAGAAGCGUUCCGGACCUGACUGGUUCCGCCGUUCGCGGGAAGGAGUUUGUGGCACCAGCGGGAAGUAGAUUUAACACUGCGGCCGCAGCAGGGUUCUGAGGAGUUCGACGAACCCACCAGACAGGCGUCUUCUGGACUUCUUUCCUGAGGGUCGGGACCAAGAUGUGGUUUAGUGGAUCUGAAAGCUACAGCAGCUCCUCCUUUGGCGGAGCGGGCGGCUACACGCAGUCCCCCGGGGGCUUUGGAUCGCCGACGCCUUCGCAGGUUGAAAAGAAAUCAAGGGCCCGAGCCCAGCACAUUGUACCCUGUACCAUAUCUCAGCUGCUUUCUGCCACUCUGGUUGAUGAAAUGUUCAAAAUUGGGAAUGUUGAGAUUUCACAGGUCACUAUUGUGGGUAUAAUCAGACAUGCAGAAAAGGCCCCAACCAACAUUGUGUACAAAAUAGAUGACAUGACAGCUGCGCCCAUGGAUGUUCGCCAGUGGGUUGACACAGAUGAUGCCAGCAGUGAAAACACAGUGGUUCCUCCAGAGACAUACGUGAAAGUAGCUGGCCAUCUGAGAUCUUUUCAGAACAAAAAAAGCCUUGUAGCCUUUAAGAUCAUGCCUCUGGAGGAUAUGAAUGAGUUCACCACACAUAUUCUGGAAGUUGUCAAUGCACACAUGAUCCUGAGCAAAUCUAACAGCCAGCCCCCAGCAGGGAGAGCAUCUAUCAGCAUUCCAGGAAUGGGUGAAACAGGGAACUUUGGUGGGAAUAGCUCCAUGCCAGCAAAUGGCCUCACUGUGGCCCAAAACCAGGUGCUGAAUUUGAUUAAGGCUUGUCCAAGACCUGAAGGAUUAAACUUUCAUGAUCUCAAGAACCAGCUCCAACACAUGACUGUAGCCUCAAUAAAGCAAGCUGUGGAUUUUCUUAGCAACGAGGGACACAUUUAUUCCACUGUGGAUGAUGAUCAUUUUAAAUCCACAGAUGCAGACUAACUGGAUCUAAUUGAGUACCCAAGGCAUUUUCCAGCUGGACCUGUUUUCCUAAACUGUUGUCUCCAACUAUGCAUCUGUUUGGCCAAUUGAUUUCUAGGGAGUAGGUUUCAUCUAGAAAGGGUCUCAUUUAACAUCCUUUUGAAACUUACGGCUCUUCUGGCUUUUUGUUUGUUGUUAUUUUUGUUUUUUGAAGCUCAAUUUUGGGCACUUGACAAGAAUGUAAACCUGGGUGGACUUUCUUAAGUUACAAAUC